UGUGCAAACCCUCCCACCACCUUAUUGCAACUCUAACCAGGAAGAUCAACACAAGGCUCCACUCACUACAGUUACUGUAGCUUGUUUUGACUGCAGCCCUUCACCUCUCUGUGUCAUAACUCAUAAUUAUCUCUCUCGACUAUGCACAUUCAAGUUCGGCGCAUGUAAACUAGACAGGCAUGGCCCCAUCUUUCCCAAUAAGAUAAUCACUUCAUUCACACGUUUCACAACAAGGAGGAAAGCUUGUCUUAUCAACUUCAGGAGGUAUGAUAUAUUUAUUUUUUAACCCUCAUUUGGUGAGCUUGUCUUUUAGUGACAAAAUAGUUUUCAUUUAUCAUGCUGAUGCAUUAGCAGGUUCCCACAGUAGGUUCAGAGUGUAAAAUAGGAAGCUGCUCAGUCAUCUGCCGACAGCCAACUGACAGGAAGGAAGGAACAACUACUACGCUGCGAUUCAACAAAAACCUGCCACUUUUUUCUUCAAUUCCUCUUCAAAAGCUUUUUGUUUUCGGGGCUCUAUGGAAAUAUACGCUGCAUGCUGGCAAAAGGGGGAACUAGAGCUUAGCAGCACCCUGCCUCCUCAUCCCCUGCUCCUGAGCACAAUAUCCUCUUUUAAACCCAACCACCCCCCCAUUUUUUUGCUAUCUCUUUGGUUUUAAUGUGGCACGCACAAACUGGGUGAUUGUCUAGACAGAUGGUGCUCAGUGUGUGGAACAGAAGCUGAGGCAAGGUAAAGAGGGACAGACUCCUUCUCCGUCAUGGGAUGCUGCAGUGUGACCCAGAGGCAUACUGGAGUGGACGAGGUGGGCCCUGAUGAGAUUGAGCUUCUGGAACUCCCCGGAGACAAUUUAGGUGUGUGGAGCCUGGGAGAGACCAGACUUCAGCUGUGCGUGAGGAACAGCAGAGACGAGCAGCCUGAGCCACCACCGCGCAGACCUUCAACACCACACAUGAAAAAAGAGGUGGCGCUGUGGGGAAAGAGCAUGGAUGAGCUCCACCACAGGAUAUACUCCCAGCAGCCAAUCAGGGGCUGGGAGGGCCAACCUGCCCACACGUAUGGAGAGAUCAUCCACUCCUCAUUGGUGUCUCUCUACAUCAGCUACACGCAGGAAACCCGUGAACACUUCCUGGUUUUGUUCUCUUUUCACCUACUGAUCCUUUCUCUGGACCACUCUCGACAAGACUUCAUUUAUGAGGGCAUUCUUCCCCUUUCUGGACUUUCCUUCCAAGUCGUCUCUCUGGACGUGGACGCGUCACAUUCACCACACAUGUUUGAAAUCAGCAGUCCAGUGAUGGACUCCAAGGUGUUCAUAUGUGCCAGUGCUGCAGAGCUACAGAAAUGGAUGCAGCACCUAGAAGACAGGAGAUACAAAUCCAUGAUGCAACCCAUGAGUCCCUCCCACUGUGCUCUCUCCUAUCUAUUACCGUGUGACGAGCACUGGAAAAGAGAAGAACUGAAAAAAUACUUACUACAAGCUCCAAUAUGGCAGUGGGAGGGCUCGCCCAUACAGCACAUGGGUCAGCCGGGCUACUUAUCUAUUGUCCAUAUCAUCAACACACAGAGACAGGGACUCCAAGAAAGACUGAUGGUUCUCUUCCCUCAAGACGUCCUGCUGCUAUCUGUUGACAAGCACCUGAAUAUAAGAUAUGAGGGCAGGCUGCCCCGACAAAGUGUCAAAGCAGUUGAGCGGUCAGCCUUGCCUGGACGGCUGGAGUUUGACCUGAUAGGUGAGCUGGUGGAGCCGCUGCAGGUCUCCUGUACCUGCCGGGAGGAUUAUCAGAACUGGAUUUUUCAGUUACAACAGCCAGACAGAAGCAGCCACGUUACUGUGAGUCACCCUCCACCUCCAAUCAUGCCAAAGCUGCAGAGGAGCAGGAAGGAGUCCCAGGAACCAAUGCUCGCAGCGGACCAAUAUUAUAUCAGUGGACGGGGCUGACUCCACAGAGAGGAAAAGCUUCAACGUUCGCUGUAAUCAUAAAUUUGAAACAUGUAGAUAAAUUGUACAUAUGACUGAUUUGUCCCACAACGCGGAGACGGAGCAGUGAAGAAGACUUCUUCACUUAAUAUAUUUGGCUGAUUUUGUCACUUUGAAUGGACAGAAAACUAUUUUUCAUGUGGGCACAAACAAAAACUAGACCUUGACCCAGAUUAAGUGCAGAUCACAGCUGAAGAAAUGUUAGCGGUAGACACUGUAGAGUCUCAAAAAUAAUAAACUGUGAAUACCUGUAUGUAGCUUUGUUUGACCUUU